UCAUAUGCGGCAUGGAGAUACGUGACUAUGUGGCCACCAAGAUGGAAGAGAUGCCGUUCCAAAAUGUGUGCGUUGGCGUGCCUGGAAUAAACAAACAUCAUGCCAUAUUUUUGAUAUAAAAAUGACUGAAAACAGCAAAUCCGAUUGCAGUUUUGAUUGCAGAGUCACCCAAAAUGCUAACUAAGUUCAUAGUGGUAGCUUUGGCUAUGCUGGUGGAAAGUAGAGCUCCAUAUGCUCCAUCCGGCUGGCAACCCAAAAUCCCAUUCAAUCUUCCCAAUGAGUAUUUACCGCCACAUUCACGAGGAACUACUGUGGAAAUUACUCGGGCACGUGUUGUACCUCUUAAUCCAUCUGUAAAUAUCGAUGUGACUACACAGAAACCAAGGGAUAAUGAUAGUGGCUUUACCAUUAUAUAUCCCGAUGAGGAGGACACAUCGACUUCUUCCCCCUCUAACAUCAAAGAGGGAAGAUAUUUUAUUAUCUCUCCAGAGAAGAAGCUUCAACGUGUGAUCUAUCGCACUCUGCAGAAUCAGGAUGAUGGGAAUGAGGAUUUUAUAGCUCAGCUGAAGUAUUCCACAGUUGGUGAAGUAAAUGAUCCCAUCUAUCGUUCCAACAAUCAAGGACAAUUGGAAAGGGUAUUAAAGUAGAUUCAAAUGAACACCCUGAUAAAAGAUUGAAAUAAAUACUU